AAUUUAUCUGUGCAUAAAAUAAGUUUUUUGGAACAUAUUUAUUUGAAUUGUAUUGCAAAGCUAAACUUAAUUUAAAUUAGUGCGUGGUGACAAUUUAUUAGUUUUACCUAUUUUAAUUUGCAAUUUACAUAUUAUAAUGUAAUAAAAACACUUAGAUUUGAAAAAUAUAUAUUUGGCGGGAAGAGCGUGUUGAUCUCAAAGAAAAUUGUCUACUAUAGCUAAUUGGCCUGCAAGUUAAUAAUGCUAUUAGGAGAUGGAUUGGAUUCACUGUAAUAAAUGUUUUUCACAAUUAGAACCAGGGAUAACACUGCAUCUCACAUCAUGUGGUCACAUGUUCUGCAACAAUUGUUUGGGCAACGGUCUAAAAGACAGCACGUGUCUAGUAUGUCGAAUGCCGUGUUCUGCUAUGAAAUUAGUGCCAGACAUGAAACAAGAAAUCCAAGAUUACUUCACUGAUCCUGAAGAGUUGAUAAAGAAGUCUUGCGAUGUGAUACAGUUUCAAAGGCAGCAUAGAAGGAGAUUGCUCUCUUAUCUAUUACAAUCGACAAAAAAGUUUUACGCGGCACGCAAUGAACUGAAGCGUGUGACUGAAAUGUGUCAAAAGCAACACACGCAAUUAAAAGAGUACCACAAAAGAAUUAAGGCGUUGGAAACGCAACUAGCAAACCAAUCGAGCAGACAAGUAUCCCCUUUCAAUAUUCCGAUAUCGCCGACAAAUAACAUAUCGCCAAGCUUCAUUCAAACGACACCCUCAUGCAAGAGACCUACAAAGAGCACCCCAUACUCUACUCAUCACUAUCAGUCUAACCUCUUGACUCCCUCGCGGAUAAGCAAGCAGAGGUCAGCGAAUUUCAGUGCACACAGUCAGAAGUCGAAUACAUCAAACAAAAUUUCUUCGACGGUUUUCACACCGCCCACGCCGGAGUCGGUCGGAUAUAACAACUUCUUAAAAAACCUAUUCUUCCUGAACGACUCCAGUGAAGAGUCAGGAUAUUCGUCAAACAACUCGCAGAAAAUAUCACCCGUAGUAUUGUACUGUAACGGCUCGGGUCGAAAAUGUUUGUUGAAAGAAAAAGCUAUGAGUUUUUGUUGAUAUAUAUAUAUUUUUUAAAUAAUAAUUCUCAACGAUCGUUUUGAUUCGAUCGGCAUGUUUUAAUUUUUUUAGUACGAUUGUUGGUUUCAUUAAUAAAUUAAUGUUUAAAUGUUA